AUUGAGUGAGGGCGCUCGCUCAUACAAACAAACCACUCAUUUGUACAACUAAGAGCAACAAGUCACAUGCAAUCUUGCGUCUUGGCAGAAGAACACUCUUUGAUCUUUCAUUUACCCUACAAAGCUCGGUUCACGGUUCAAAAUCGUAAAUCCAUCUGCCGUCUGUGGUUCCAACGUGAAGUUUAUACCAUUUUGUCUUUGAAGAAAACGUGCUGUCCGAAUUAGCAAGAAUGGCCGAUGCAAAGGAAGAAAUUAUAGAUUUUGUUGAGCCGAAUGAUACGAAAGAAAAACCAAAAAGGUAACACGAGUUUAGUUUGAUUUAAAUACAGUCUGUUUGAAGACUUGUGUAAACUUUAUCAAAUUUGUAGUUUAUUAAAAUGACUUCUGGCGCAUUGUUGUGAGAUUUCGAGUCAGUAUCAGCCGCGUUGCACAUAUAUAGCGUUUUACCGCGGCGAGACAUACUCUUCGUUCCGAAAGCAAUAAAUAUUGAUUCAGAAAUCAAAAGUGGAUGCAAUAUAUAUUUGUGUUUAGCGAUUGCUCCUUUCCAUGCCCUGAAUACAAAUAUAAUGAGUUAGUGUAUGUAUUUUUACCAUAUACGAUGUCGCUGGCUUAAUAUCAGGAAAUGUACGUGUUUUAAAAUGUACGUAGGCACGGCGGCGCGGCAAAGAUCGUAGGGUCAGGCCGGCUAGGUUGCGCCAAAUGAGUUAAUUUGAUGACUGAAGUUGGCAAAUUCUAUUACUUACAAGGAAAAAACAGUUUAUAGUAAAUGUUACCCGCGGUUUGCACAUAAUCCUAGCAGAGUACAAUAGCAUGCACGCAUGACCUGUUUCAUAGUGUUGUCCUCGAGAUUCUAUAGUUGGUCAAAACUUAGUAUACACGGACAGUAUUCAGUGACAUUGAUUACAGCGAGAAUGUAACUUUGCUACGGGAUCGCACGGGAGGUCUUGUUAUCCAGCUUGGUAUUAUAAGUUUAUGCGAACAACACGUAUAUUUAGAAGUGUGUCUUUGUAACGCGACAGUUCAAAAGGUUAAGGAAGCUUUAUUCGGCUUAUUGUUUGGCGUUGAAAAUCGGUUAAACAAAACAGAGAACGCUCUGGAAUGAGUGAAAUGAGUUUUUCGAAUCGAAAAUUGAGUGCAAAUUUCACCUGGAUUUUGAAUUUUGGAACGCUGUGGCGACAACGAUUAAAUGGCCUCAUGGCUCAUGAUUGAUAAAUAUACAGCCGACGGGUGAUUCAUCAAAACAACAUCCGUCGUUGAGCAUGUAUAUAUACAAGACAAACUAUUCAGACGAACCAGCUAGAGUAGCGAUCUAAAGUACUCGUAAUAGUUCUCGUGGCAAAUUCUGUCUAAUAUUCACCUGUUAGUUGGUCGAAUACCAAAUUGAUACAUAAUUUAUAUCGUCAGAUCUGUUCGACAAAAGUACGCAAUGUAGUUGGUCUUUACAUGUAUGAUUCUAUAUGUAUAACAGCCGUAUUUAAACACAAACGAACUAUCUUUUCCUCGAUCUUUUCAUUGUCCAAGCUAGUUAGUCCAGACGGACUGUCUGUCUAUGUUUAUAAAUUGGACCAGUGGCAGUGCGGCCAAGUUAAUGAAUCUAUAGUACUAUACCAUAUUCGACUAUAUAUACUAGUAAAAUUUUGCCUAAUUUUGGUAUGUACAUUUUAUAGUAUAUUUGUAUAUAUAUAUAUAUAUAUAUAUAUAUAUAUAUAUAUAUAUAUAUAUAUAUGAAUAUCCGAUGACGACGCUGCCUAGCCUACGUGAGAUAGACCAAAAAUAUUUUAAAUUUACAGAUAAUCCAAAUAUUUUUUGGUUAGAUUGGUUGACCACAAAACUAUUUUUGGAAGUCUUUUGGCAUGUUUGUCGUGUUACGUAACAUGCCACUAUAAUUAUUGGGUUUUCCCUAUAGGGAUAGGAAGAACUAUAUUUGGAAAUUGUGCGGUUAUCAUACCACUAAAAAUUGUUGUAUUUUGGUAUGUUUGUGACGCUGCGUGCAUGUAUCGUCAAGUUUAGCUCAUCAUUACUAAUUACCAUCUUUCGUAAAAUUUUUUUUGGCUAAUUAGGUAUAUUUAUCAAUGUUGACUUUUAAAUGUAAACUAUAAGAUUAAGAAAGCCAACAAAAGCGAAUUUUUCACAUGGCUUUGUGGGUAGUUGUCUAGACAUAUGCAAUCAUGGAUGCAAGGUUAUAUAAUAUAUACUGCCUGUGUGGCGAUGUGUUAUAUUUAACAAAUAUAAAACAUUUUCCGUGUUGAUAUACAGUUAUAUCAACACGAGUGGAAAUUGGGAAAACGAGAAAUUGUGUGGAAACACGACGCCCGAAGGGCGGAGUGUUUUCACACAAUUUCGAGUUUUCCCAACUUCCACGAGUUUUGAUAUAACUAUAUAUCAACACGGAAAAAAUGUUUUAUAUUUGUUUUAUAAUAUAGCAAUGUCAAAAGCCCGAAGAAUAAGAACAAUUUCCGUGUUACAAGCGGCGGAAAAUUUCCCGUGUUGACAUGGAGUUAUAUCAACACGGCUCUUAGCCAAUCAGCGUUCAGAAUUUACAAAUGCUAUAUUAUAAAUGGUUAACAAUGCUUUGUAUAUAGCUAAUUCAAAAAAGGUUGUCCUUCUUCCAUACACUAAACCUUAAACUUUAAACACUAAGCGCGAAAAGUGCAAUGUGACGCUCUUCAUCGUAAAUCUGGCUGUGUAUGCACAAGGAUUAUGACAACAAGUCUCUGAUUAAACACGGCAAACACUGUGUGUUCCCAUCGCCCUUUUCGCGCUUAGAGUUUAAGGUGAAAGGUUUAAGGUUUAUAGUUAGGAAGGACAAUCUUUUUUGAAUUAGGUGUAUACCAUAUAAAUUAACAUGCUUAUGCUAUAUACUGUCGAAUUCUCCAUGCGUGGACAUCUUUCUAGUACGGAACCUCUCUAAUGUUGUCACCUCAGAAUAAGGACAUGCACUUCUCAACGGACACCUCUGGAUAGGAUAGGAUAGGGACACCUCUCUAACACGGUCGCCUCUCUAAUACAUGCAGACACCUCUCUAAUACAGACACCUCUCUAAUACACACACCUCUCUAAUACAGACACCUCUCUAAUACAGACACCUCUCUAAUACAGACACUUCUCUAAUACAGACACCUCUCUAAUACAUGCAGACACCUCUCUAAUACAGACACCUCUCUAAUACACACACCUCUCUAAUACAGACACCUCUCUAAUACAGACACCUCUCUAAUACAGACACUUCUCUAAUACAGACACCUCUCUAAUACAUGCAGACACCUCUCUAAUACAGACACCUCUCUAAUACACACACCUCUCUAAUACAGACACCUCUCUAAUACAGACACCUCUCUAAUACAGACACUUCUCUAAUACAGACACCUCUCUAAUACAUGCAGACACCUCUCUAAUACAGACACCUCUCUAAUACACACACCUCUCUAAUACAGACACCUCUCUAAUACAGACACCUCUCUAAUACAGACACUUCUCUAAUACAGACACCUCUCUAAUACAUGCAGACACCUCUCUAAUACAGACACCUCUCUAAUACACACACCUCUCUAAUACAGACACCUCUCUAAUACAGACACCUCUCUAAUACAGACACUUCUCUAAUACAGACACCUCUCUAAUACAUGCAGACACCUCUCUAAUACAGACACCUCUCUAAUACACACACCUCUCUAAUACAGACACCUCUCUAAUACAGACACCUCUCUAAUACAGACACUUCUCUAAUACAGACACCUCUCUAAUACAGACACUUCUUUAGUACGGUUACCUUUAUCAUAGAAUGCCUUUCUAAUACGGACAUCUGAUAUCUCAUAGAGACACUUCUCUAAUACGGUCACCUCUCUAAUAUACAGUCGCCUCUCUAAUACAGACACUUCUUUAGUACGGAUACCUUUGUCAUAGAAUGCCUUUCUAAUACGGACAUCUCAUAUCUCAUAGAGACACUUCUCUAAUACGGUCACCUCUCUAAUACGGUCGCCUCUCUGGUAUACGGUCGCCUCUCUAAUACGGACACUUCUCCAAUAACAGUCACCUCUCUAAUAUACAAUCGCCUCUCUAAUACGGACACUUCUCCAAUAACGGUCACCUCUCUUAUACGGACAUCUCUCUUAUAUAUAGAGUCCCCUCUCUAAUGCUUAGGUUUACUGAUCUCAGAGCAGAUUUUAUCUCUAAGCUUGACCAAAUAAAUCAUUCGUUUCGUUCUUUUAAUAAUCAUGACUUGUUUAUGUAUGUUAUUGUAAUGAAAGACAAAUGCGUGGGAGCAUUGGUAACCAAGUAUUGCUUCGAUGUCCCAACAAAUUUUGAUCAAUUGUAACUAGUAUAAUCCUAAUUCAGUUUAAACUAGUCUCUCUGGAAAUUUAGUAUGUUUUGUAUUCCAUGUACCAGUAUUGGCAGCUCUCUUUGAAUAAAGUCUGUUUAUAUACACGCAACAUUUUGCAUGUAUAUAUACUAUAUGUGGUAUAAUAUGCAAUUAUAUAUAUUGCAUUUUUCUUGACUAUGCAAAUUACUUGCAUAUUGAGGUACUUGUAGUUGUCAAGUAGUCCUCAAGACACAUUAUUGUUGUCGUAUGUUGUGUUUUUAAAAUUCAGGAAAUGUAAAGGAAUAUCGGGCUUGUUUUGCUUGUGUCGUAAGCUUCCUUUACGUAAGUUGUCGCAACUCAAAGCCAUAUCCGUGUUGCACUAUAUAGUGACUAGGCAAUAUCUGCUGCAACACAUGCAAUUUCGGACACUAUUAGGUAAGGUAAAAAGUAUUGACAGAAAAAUUGUAAAAAAUAAAAAUAUAAUAAAUAAUAAUAAAAAAUAAAUAAUAAUAAAAAAUAAUUAAUAAUAAUAAAUAAUUGUAAAAUAUAUAUAUAUAUAUAUAUAUAUUAGAGUUUAGGUUAGAGUAUAUAUGUUGGAUUAGGUUAAAGUUAACUAUAUUAUUUAACUACAAAAUAGUAAUCAGAAAUAAGUAUAGUUAAGAACUUUAUACAACCGUUUGAUGAAAAUACAAUUGUGAACGCGAAAUGGCAUGUUAAUUGCUUUAUUUUUGUGCUCGCGGUACACCAAAAUACCUAACAGCCCAAUUAUGCACUUGUGACGUUUUUCUUGGCUCAAAACAACCAUGUUUGUUUUCUCUUUUGAAAAUGGGCGAAUGUGGGAACAUUUGAAAACAACCUGUUAUCCUUUACAACAUGUUAUUCGCGGUAUUAUACGGGUAGUCGAUAGCUAUUACCUCUGAGUUGAGCCUGCUACAGAUCGAAGGCUGGGACUGCUCUUUGUUUGAAAAAUUCAUGUAGAUACAGAGCUUGGUUGGUUCUCUCUUGUGCUUCGAAAGAAAACUAACCCUUAAGCAUUAAUCAUCAAAUAACUUAAAACUGACCCUCGGAGAUCUUUUUGUAAAACCUUGUCGAACCUUCUGUUCAGCUCGUAGCAUGGUAAACAUAUUAAAAUUAAUGGCAGUCACGCGAUCUUGGUUAGCUGUUCUUAAUGCUUUCCCAACACUAUCAUGUAUUCUAUUGAAGUUAAAACAUAGUUGGAAUACUCAUCGAACCUUUAUUUUGUUAAUCUAGAGCUUGAAAUGUCCCCCGUAACAAUUAAUGCGUGACCGCCAACUCUCAUGUUGACCGGGGCUUACAAUUAUUGAAAAGAAAUUGGAUCGCUCCCGCAGCUUUAUUAGAAAAAUUGAAAAAAAAACAUGGGAAAUUGCAUGGUGUUGCGUCUGAGGGUCUCUCCCGGAGUAGAAGAUCUCUCCCAGAGGGGGGGAGGGAUGGGUUUUGAAAUUUUUUCCUUCUUCCCCACAAAGAUUCCACGGAAAAAAAUGUGAAAUCCAUACCAUGAAAUUAAUUUCGCAAUGGACCAUUCCCCAAUUAACCAAAGAAGUGGUAACCAUUUCCCGUUUGUAAUCUAAAAUGACUGAAAAUUGCAAAUUUCGCAAGGCUAUAUUAUCCGCAUUUUACAACAUUUCGCGACGAAACUUUGGAAUAUUACUAAUUUUGUGAUGCUCUUUCAUGCUAUGAUGGAAUUUUGUCUAGACUUGUUGAGAUCAAAAUUUUGGUUAAUUGGGGAAUGGUCCAUUGCACCACUAAAUCCAUAGUAUAUAUCCAUACUAUUUCCACUAUAUCCUGCAUAGUAUGGAAAUUGCAAAUAGUAUAUGAAAAUUGGAUUUCCAUACUACUUUCCAACGAAGAUCCAUUGUAUAAGGAUUUUGAAAAACAUUUCAAGUGUCACCAUGUUCCCUUGUAUCCCCAGCUUAUAUUUCCCCUAGUUCCCAAUGAUUUUUGCUUUAGAAAGGCAAUAAAACUGUUGUCCAAAUUUUUAAAUGAGAUUCUUAAAUAUAGCCAAUCUAUCUCGAAAAUCAGGAAGUUCUAGAAAUCAGGGGCCUCUCGAUGUAAUCGGAUGUGUUGGAAUAUCUGAGUCAUCCCUUGCUUGCACAGUGUUCUAGAAAUUUUUGGACACUCUAAAACUACUCUGGUUACCAUUUUCUUGUUGAACCCAGGCAUCGCCCUAUUUGGGUUAUUUCCUGGUUAUUUUAACCGUGUACCCACACUAUAGUCUGGUUAAUUUGACCUACAGGAUGUCCUGGUUAGCCGGGUUUGCCCGCCUCGUAUAAACGGCACCAAGCCAACCCGGCAUGAGACAUUGGUACUAUUAAAGAGCGGUCCUAACGUUUAUCAAAGUAAUUGCGACAUCUACAGUUCUCGUGACCUUAUUGUAUGCACACAUGUCACCGAUGCGGGAGUGCUCAAUAUAGCUAAUUCAUUGAGAGGGCAAUUAUUAUAUUGCCAUGUGCCAUAGCUAUAGUAUUCAAAUUGGCACCCUACGUAGCUGCUAGGAUAUUUAUAUAUGCUGUCACAACAUAGCAAUAUCACCCUUCAUCACUUGAUCACUCGUGCAUACAUUACAGAGAGUGCAAGAGCCUUCCAAAGUGUCCCCUAGAGGCCCUUUGAUAGAUGUGUCAUGAAUCUUCAGAUGAGGGCACGUCAGUAUAGUCAGACUUUACUCAGAACAUUAUACCUCAUCUACUCCUUCACGGCUUCACAUGCAUCAGAAGUAGAAAAUCGCACCAGAAAUUGCAGCAAAAUUUGCAAGUAUAAACGCACCUUAAUGAGCCACAUUACUGCACAAAAUAAUGAACUAGAUCGUAUAUCUAUAUUACUUCCAUACAAAGUCCAUAUAUAUUAUGCAUGGAAAUGUUGGGAUUGUGAUAGGGAUGCGACUAAGGAAAACUGGAAGUUGAAGUUCUUUUAUUUUUCCAGCACACUGUAAAUUCAAAAGAGUAGUUUUGACCUCUUGAAAGGAGUAGUAGUUUCGACCACAGGACUACCCUUUCAAAACGGUCGUUUCAGUCCCUUCGGUGCUUACUCUUCGAAAGGGUACACACGUGAAAACGCACAAGUUGUUACAGGUCUGCAAACAAGUUGUUACAAAUCUGUUCACAAGCUGUCAACAAGUUGUGUUCGCACUGCUUGUUUCCAGUUUUGUAAUAAGUUUGGAACACGCUGUUAACAACUUGUAACACGUUUGAUGGUAUUAUCAGACUUGUAGCAAAGUUGUUCUAACAAGUCUGAUACAGUGAUCAUAUAUAACAAGAAUGUUACAAGGUUGAUGACACAAGAUUGUAACGGACAAUAUUGUUAUACCAUGACUGUGUCGGACUUGUUGGAACAACCUUGCAACAAGUCUGAUAAUAUCAACAAGGUUGUUACAAGUUGUUAACAGUUUGUUCCAAACUUGUUGACAACUUGGGACAAGCAGUGCGAACACAACUUGUUGGCAGACUUGCUACAAGAUGUGAGACUUUUGCGUGUGUAGAUUGCGCCCUUUUCAGAAGGUAGUUUUAACUCCUCAAAGGGCAGGAACGUUACUCUUCGAAAGGGUCGAUUCUGAUAUUCAAAAGCGUAGUUUCAGCUAUUUAAAAGGGUCGUUUCAGCUAUUCAAAAGCGUCGUUUCAGCUAUUCAAAAGGGUCGUUUCUAUAUCGCUAUCCAUCUGAGCUUUCUUAUUAAUACUACUACAUACAUUGCCACAGAAAAUUCAAGAUUGUACACAUGAAAAUGGCAAUUAGUAUAACGCUUUCUGCCUGAAACCCAGCGGAGAGAAUGUUUUAGAACUACCAGAGCUCUACCUAUAACAUAAGUAAAGUAUACUAAAACUGUCUGUACCAGUGUGGGUAUAGUACCAAUGUGAAAUUGCUGCGCUGAACGGUUAAAGUAAGCUUGGAAGAUAUGGACGUUAUGUUGCCCUACACAAAAUAUACAAUAACAACAGUCUCCCAUGGAUUUCUAAAGAGCAUAUUGGAACUUAACAAGACAUAUUUUGCAAUGGGAACAAAACCAAAAAAUCGUAGGAAACAGGAGAACAUGGUGUAACCUGGGGCAGACCAAGGGAACAUGGCGAAAUCUCUGUGGGAACAUAGGAAAUAUUUCCAAGGGAACACAGACCCCCUCCCCGUGAGAGACCCUCAUUAACCCUCACUCUAACACAGCCUUGCCCUAACCCCACCUCAGCCUAACCCCACCUCAGCCUAACCCCACCUCAGCCUAACCUCAUGCACCUUAGCCUAGCCCAAACUCACUACACAGUGUUUGUAUAGGUUCCCGGACGUAAAAUAUGGUUCAACCUGUCUUCAUUGGUGUUUUUGCUGUGAUUCAUGUCAACAUUUUAGGUUUCGUGUAUAGGGCUACAUAAAUUAUCAUCAACACAAUUACCUCAUCCAAGCAAGUCUAAGGGCCCUUUCUGUGAUUUUUAAGCUUAUUUUUAAACCCGUCAUUCAGGUCACGUCUACUUGAUAAUUCGUACACCACAAGUACUUUUGUCUAAUGAGAACACACCCUAAAGCGCUCUAGCAUUCUUAGAGUUGAUACUAUGAUCUUUGAGUUGAUGAGCGACAGGUUUAAGUAUAGCAUGUGAUGUCUUUUAAGUAAUCCACAAACACUUGGAUCUUAUUAUCGUUUGAUCUAGCAAAUACCCGUGCAUGCAUUGAGGUAUUGUAUGCAAAUUUUGGUACAGACAAGCACUUUUUCCUUGACAAGUUUCCUUGACAACUUUACUUUCUCGUGUGUACAGUCAACAAGUUUUCGGUGACAAGUUUCCUUGACAACUUUACUUUCUCGUGUGUAUAUACAGUCAACAAGUUUUCCUUGACAAGUUUCCUUGACAACUUUACUUUCUCGUGUGUACAGUCAACAAGUUUUCGUUGACAAGUUUCCUUGACAACUUUACUUUCUCGUGUGUAUAUACAGUCAACAAGUUUUCCUUGACAAGUUUACUUGACAACUUUACUUUCUCGUGUGUACAGUCAACAAGUUUUCCUUGAAAUGUUGUGCAUGGAAUGUUUUUAAACAUUUAUCUCACGCCAAGGCUGCCUUUGUUUUCCAAAACCAUAGAAGUAUUUCUGUACACUUGUCAAGUUUUGUAAUAAGGCUCAAGGCAAUCAUAAUUUCUAAGUGUUUAUUGUACUAAGAUAAAAAAAUUUGUGCAAAAUAAGUUGAAUUGAAUUGAAUUAGGCUUUCUCACGCCGCCAUUUUUGGGGUACUUUUUUUCCAAUCCUGCGAGCGUAACACCACGUAACGGCGACAUUUUAUAAUUUUGUGGGUGUAUGAUGGUAAAUUUACUCUGCAAAUAGUUAGUUUGUUCUGAAAUAUUGCUUUCUACAUUGUUAUAAUCGUUUACGGAAAAUUACAGAACCCCAAAAAUGGCGGCGUGAGAAAGCCUAAUUGAAUUGAAUAUAUUGAAUUGAAAACUCACCAGUAUAUAUAAAGUUAAUUAAGUUUAUUUGAGUAUAUAAUUCAAUUUGGAGAAUCUUUGUGAGAUAACACAGGCCGUGUAUUUCAUAUCAUCUAGUGAAAGUUACACCGAGUAUAGAUUUAAAUCACACAAUGACUCGCAUCCUUAGUAAUAGUAAAUCACGUGUCUCCAUGGUGCAAGGCCUACCCUUGGGUAACCUUGGGUGAUUCUGAGAAUCUUUAUGAGAAAUAACAGGCUGUUCAGUAUUUUUUAUACAGCACAUGCAACAUUCCUGUGAGUUGAGUUAAAUCGGGCAAUGAGUCAUAUAAUAGACAAAGGUAAUAGACAAUAGUAUAAAUGUCCUGUCUGCAUGGUUAGGGCUUUCCCUAAUUGGGUAACCUUGGGUUAGGCCACCCCAUGUUGCGCUACCCGUGUGGUAGCGAGCUAGCAAGUCAAUUCUUCUUAACAUGAAUCAUCACUGAGAACAAUUUGAGAACAAUAAAUGUCGAAAUUAUACCCGAUGAGCCGCCUUAGUUUGAAGGGUACUAUACGUAAAACCACUUUAAAGUUGGUGAAUUUUUUUCAAUCACACUUUCCGCAUUUUGGGUGGAGCAAAUCCCAAUAUUUUGACAUUUCAUACAUAUUGUAUUCAUGUUGUCGCGUGUAUUGUCAGUAAUUACAGGUUCUGUAAAUUAAUGAGCGUGCAUCAUAGCCUGAAAUAUCAGUCGUUCCACCGGCUCUUCUUUGUACUCUUUCAGACAAUUGUUAUUGCGUGCAUAUAAGCCCUUGUGUUGACUGUUUUUUUUGUCAGUAGGGCAUUCAAUGUGAACAACAAUUACGAGACAGUUUGCCAUUUGAAUUGGACUUAAUGUGAAAGACUGAAAGUAAACCUUCCUUUUGAGCAAUUCAACACAUCCUUUUUUAAAUAUUUAUCUUGAGUUAUAGCUCUUCAUCAUUUUAAUCCACAGCACAGGGUUCCUAUAAUACUGUAUAUCGAGGGUUCCUAAUACUGUAAAUAAUAACAGGUUUAUAUAUAAAAGAAUAAUGAGAAAAUUUGUGUUUGAAAAAUCCGAAUAAAAACUAAAAAAAAGAAUAAUGAACAAUAAAACAAUGAAUGAGUAAUUCGAAAAAUACGACAAAUAAUGAAUAAUUUGGAAAUAGUUAAAAUGAAUAAAUGAGUCACAAUAGACUUUACUGUUUAUUACACUUUUGCCGCAAUAGCCUCGUUCCCAUGCUUGCCUGUUUAAUAUAAGUGUAUAGUCUAAUAAGUAUCAGUGACAGUCUAUUUCUUUGUUAAGAACAUUUGGUGUUUGUUUGUUUGUUUGUUUGUUUGUUUGUUUGCAUUUGAUAACUUUAUUAAGACUAUAAAGUUAGUUGCUUUGUUGAUGUACGAACUGCCGAAGUUCAUGCUUGCAGUUUUAGCUGAGCAUGAUCUAACUUUCGGUUGUUCGUACAUGGAGAAAGUGCCAAAUAUUGUCGUGUUUUUAAUGUCACGUGUGAGUUGUGUGUCGACGUAUUUCUACAUAUUAUUCUGUAAAUAUAAUUUAUACAUAUUUAGAAAAUUGCCUAAUUAGAAAAUUGUGGCUUUCUUGAGGUAUGGACAGCCGAAUUGUAGUACUGGUUAAUACUUUACAUUAUACCCAUGAUUUCGUUUGUUCAUACUCCUAGGAAGUACUGAAAAUAUAGUCAUGUUUAAUGAUAUUGUUGUUGUGUCUAUAGAGUUUAGGAGGGCCAGAUUAACCUGUGCUUUAACUAUGCUUUGAUUCGAUAUUAUUGUUGUGUCUGUAUAGAGUUUAGGAGGGCCAGAUUGGAAAAAAGUUGUAAUUUUAUCUGUUUAUCCUCAAUAAAUAAAGUGUUAUUAUUAGCAUGACAGGCGCACAUGAAGAGUAUAUCACCACCAUGUUUCGCCCACAAAUAUAUGUUCCUCUUUAACCUGUGCUUUAACUAUGCUUUGAUCUUGAGCCCAAUCUCAAACCUAUCCUUACCCCGAGAAACAUAAGGAAAUAGCCGCAAUUAUAAACAGUGCAGUCUAUUAUUCCACUUGCAUGCACCCCUGAUAUUGUGUGGUAAUAAAUCUUUUGAAUUUUUUUUUUUGCAUAUUUUUCAAGCUUGUCCGGUGUGGAUAUACACUCAGAGCAACAUCACAAACAUCAUAUUCACCUGCGUACAUUACACCAAACACAGAAAAAAAUCAUGAUUACUAGAUCGCAUUGAUAUCGAAGGAACUAUAGACUCAGUUCCGAAAUAUCACAUAUACUCGAACCGACCUGACCACGUAGUUCAAUUGGCAGAGCAUUGGGCUAGUAUCGUUGUUCGUUUUAAAUCACUCUGUUCUUCCGUUGAAGUAAUUUCUUCAAUUUCUUUCUGUUGUGCCCUAGUCUUUGCAGGUUCGAUUCCCACCGUGGCCAGGCAUAUUUUUCACAAGCUUGCCCGGUGUGGAUAUACACUCAGAGUAAUAUCACAAACAUCAUAUUCACCUGAGUACACAACACCUACACAGAAAAAAAUCAUAAAUUUUCUGUCCGCCUGCAUUACACAUUGUAAUCAAACGUUACAAUGGAGUCAAUAUUCAUAUACUGUAACAUGGCGUAAUUUAUAGUAAAAACCAUAAUUUUCUCUGUAUUUGUUCUGUCUGAUUAUUUUGAUAGAACAAAGUCCUUAUUUCCUUUUUUCUUUUGUCAACCUUUCAUUCUAUACGACUUGAGUGGAGUAGGAUUCUUGCAUGGCUUCUCAAUGAAGUACCAUAUACACAAGUGUUUUGAUUGUACUAUAAUAUGAGGAAUAUUGGGUACAUACAUUAAAACUUCCUAAAUAUCAAUCUUAAUUAUGAUAUAUUAACUUUUCAGACAAACUUGUAUAGUAAGAGAAACUAAUUACUAAAUGCAAAAGUGGCAAAAAAUCCCCUUCAAUGUUUUAUUUUUGUAUUUUCAGAAAAUCUGGCACGAAAACGUUGCUGCUUUACAUCAUAGCCGGUGGGUUGAUUCUGGCUAUACUUGGCCUUGUUCUUGGCUUGUCGUUCGGGCUCAGAAAUGAGGACGUGACCACUGAGACAGUCCUUGUGAGCAGACAGCAGUCUAGUUGUAGAUCUGGCAAGCAAUUCAGAAACUUUUCCGUCUCCUCCGACACUUCUGUAUGCUCGGAAAUUGGAUGCAAUAUUCUUGAGAAGAAAGGUUAGACACUUUGCGUAUUAUUAAAAUUACAUGUAUAAUAUAUAAUCAUAUAGCGGGCAAAAUUACUCAAAUAUGAUUGGCUAUAAUGAUGUGGGCAUUUUCUCUUAAUUCAGGGCAAAAGUACCUGAUUGGCUGAGACACAAGCGCGGGACUUUUUUUUAAAUAGCAAUAAGAACAAUGGCUUCUCGCUUCGUCGUUGCGGAUAAUUAUAUUAUUUUGAAGAAUUAAAAACUCUUCGCGUGUAGUGUGAAACUUUGAAAACACGCGUGAAAUUAAACCUUAAUUUUACUCGGCCCCAUGCGAUUACCUACACUAACGCCCGUAUUCUAAAAGCUCACUCACACUCACACUCAAUGAGUGGAGGUUCAAUCUGAGCUUCUCUUGAGUCUCAGUGCAGUUUUUGAACAGCUGGAGGGUGAGUAGUCACAUAGUAAGCUACGACACUAACCCUCCAGCUGUUCAAAAACAGCAUCGACACUCAAGAGAAGCUCAGAUUGAACCUCCACUCAUUGAGUGUGAGUGAGCUUUUAGAAUACGCCAGUAAGCCCUUUCCGACGGAAAAUUCGUGUCGGCCAAUCACAUUUUACAAAAUUUUCUUUCUGCGGAAAAUUUUCCGGAGUGGAAAUGGGCAUUUAGUCCCACAACUUUUCGUAUUAAUACGUUUGAUAAGAGACUUGUCAGAAAUUACCAGAGGGGGGAGGGGGGUGUAGAAAGAGGGAGGGUCUUAUUUUUUUAGCCCUUCAAAAGGGUGGGUCAUUAAAAACUGAACCAUUGAAAAGAGAGGGCCAUAAAAAUUUAAGCCAUAAUUUUCAUAAGGGAGGGUCAUAAAAUUUAAGCCCUCGUGGCUCUCGAACAGAUCACAUUGAUUAUUGUAUAAAAAAUAGUACAAUAUCUAAAACAGUAUUUUAUAAACAUGACUUUAUAAGAUAUAGACUACAACGAGGUAGAUCAAGAAGGUGAAGAGAGUAGCCUGGACGAAAGUGAUCAAGACAUUGUGUUGCAUGGAAUUGGAGAAUCUAGUUCUAGUAUACAUUCAGAUUGAGUGUUUAAUAAUAUUAAAUAUUUAUAUUUGAUAUUUAUAAAAAAGUAAAACAAUAUACUAUAUCUGUAUAAAUGUUGCCUGGAUAUGUAUGGAUUCGGCAGGAAAGGGGAGGGGUCAUGAAUUUUUUGGACACAAUCAAGUGGAGGGCCACGAUAUUUCAUGCUCGUCCUUGCUGGGGGGUCACAGCUUUUGCAACUUAUUUUUUCAAAUUUCCACUCCCCUCCCCCUGGUAAUUUCUGACAGGUCCCUAGGUUAUCGACACACAAAACACACACACACUUACAAAUGUGGAUAAAAACAUAAACUCCUGUAAGGUCCUGUUGGAGGUAAUUUACGAUUGAAUAGCUGUAACCCUUCAACUAUUAUUCAAUCAAGUGAGCUGCCAACAAAAUCUUGGAGUUAAUAAUGAUUUAUUUGAAAAAAUAGAAGAUGCGUAGCCAGGUUGAAACAUUAUUUAUUGAGCGUUCUCUGACUUAAUAUUUAUUUCUACGAGCUUUCGGCUAUCAGUCUAUAGCCUUCGAUGGGUGUAUACAAAUGAUUCUAUAAAGGACGCUAAAAUUAAGUAGGUGGUAUGAAAUCUGAGACUAUCUAUGCUAUGUUACAAAUGGAUAAUAUGAAUAUUUAACUAAUUAAUGUUUCUUGAGUUAAUUCCUUUCUUAAAAGUAUUGUGUACUGUGCUGGAAGCGUAUUAGAGUUAUUAUCAGCUUCGUCUGUUAGUGCAGUGUGCCAGGACUCUAAGGUUUUAAGGUUUCUAUGAUUUCCCUUGUCUAUCACUUUAGCAUUGGCAUGGACUCAAGACCAUAUAAUUGACUUUGCCAAUGCUAAAGUGAUAGACAAGGGAAAUCAUAGAAACCUUAAAACCUUAGAGUCCUGGCACACUGCACUAACAGACGAAGCUGAUAAUAACUCUAAUACGCUUCCAGCACAGUACACACAAUACUUUUAAGAAAGGAACUCAAGAAACAUUAAUUAGUUAAAUAUUCAUAUUACCCAUUUGUAACAUAGCAUAGAUAGUCUCAGAUUUCAUACCACCUACUUAAUUUUAGCGUCCUUUACAGAAUCAUUUGUAUACACCCGUCGAAGGCUAUAGACUGAUAGCCGAAAGCUCGUAGAAAUAAAUAUUAAGUCAGAGAACGCUCAAUAAAUAAUGAUUUAUUUGUUUGUUAUAUAAUGAUGAUCAAUUGUCCUCGAUAGGUUCUGCCGUGGAUGCGGCCAUUGCGACGAUGUUCUGUAUAACUGUGGUGACCAUGCACUCGAGUGGUAUCGGUGGAGGGAACUUUAUGUUGAUCUAUGAAAAACAGAAGAGAAAAGCUGUGUUUAUCAACGCCAGGGAAAAGGCCCCGGCCGCUGCACAUGAAAAUAUGUAUGUAAACAAUUCUGACGACGCCUGGUUAGGUUAGUAAUUUUUUUGUCAUUUUUCUUUCCAAUAACAAUACUGGCAUUUGCUCAUACUUAUCAGUUUUAUUUCAGAACCAUCCUCAGAGAUAGGAAAACUAGUUUCAUAUUAAUCUGACACUGCAAUCGAGCAACGAAAAAUUCGUUGGCUCGAGCGGGAUUUGAACUCGCAUCUUCGGGUAUAGACCGCCGCUCUACCUAUUGAGCUAUCGAGUCAACUCGAUAGCUCAAUAGGUUGAGCGGCGGUCUAGAUACCCGAAGAUGCGAGUUCAAAUCCCGCUCGAGCCAACGAAUUUUUCGUUGCUCGAUUGCAGUGUCAGAUUAAUAUGAAACUUAUCAGUUUUAGACCUGAAACGAGGGGUAUUCCACAAAAAAUUACCCUGAAGGAUGAAAUAUUCCGAGGGCGAAGCCCGAGUAAUAUUUCAUCCCGCAGGGUAAUUUUUUGUGGAAUACCCCGAGUGAAACGUCUAUAAAUGGUAUAUUAUACCGAACCUUUCAAAAAUAAGUAGAAAACAAAUACCAUUCAAUUAACUUUUAAUUUCAAAACACAACUUUUGAUAACUUUACAUUUAAAAAAGUCGAAUUUCCCGCUCAAGCGUGGUAUUAGAAGUCGAAUACCAUGGCCCCGGGUAAAACACCCAGGGUUCAAAUUGCCUAGGUCAUAGUAUUCGCUGAAAAAUACCAUGGUCAUGUGGUACAAAUUUAGUUCUCUGAUUGGACAAGCUUAUUGUGAGGUAUAAUAUUUGCAAUGAUAUUCCUAAAGGCUCGUUUAUACCAGCGCAGUUCUUGCUGAGAUAUUUGGUGCGAGUUUCUCCUUCUGAUGGAUGUGAAUGAGUGUAUUAGUUAGGAAUGUUCAGAUGAGGGUACAUAUACUCAGAACAUUCAUAACUCAUCUACUCGUUCACAUCCAUCAGAAGGAGAAACUCGCAGCAAAAGUGUGCAAGUGUAAACUUGCCUUAAUGGACCAUUCCCCAAUUAACCAAAAUUUUGAUCUCAACAAGUCUAGAUAAAAUUCCAUCAUAGCAUGAAAGAGCAUCACAAAAUUAGUAAUAUUCCAGAGUUUCGUUACGAAAUGUUGUAAAAAGCGGAUAAUACUGAUAGCCUUGCGAAGCUUGCAAUUUUCAGUCAUUUUAGAUUACAAACGGGAAAUGGUUACCACUUCUGUGCGUAAUCUAAAACGACUGAAAAUUAAAAACUUUGCAAGGCUAUAUUAUCCGCAUUUUACAACAUUUUGCAACGAAACUUUGGAAUAUUACUAAUUUUGUGAUGCUCUUUCAAGCUGUGAUGAAAUUUUUGUUUAGACUUGUUGAGUUCAAAACUUUGGUUAAUUGGGGAAUGGUCUAUUGUUAAGAGGCAAUUUUUUUCAAUGUCACGUAUUUGCAAUGAAUAGUGUUCAAAACCUAAAAUCUUUUUGGCGUUCCACUCAAAAUUACUUUGUUUUAGCUUUAUUCUCCAGUUUAUAGAGUUAGCUACCUAUUUAAAUGCAUCUGCCGGUUGAGAAACAUAAAAUAAUAGUUAAAAAUUCUCAAUUAAAAUACAAUUAUCAAUGAUGCUUUAUAAUUGACGCCAUAUUUACAGCCAUAUAAGCAGAACUUAAUGAACUUCAGACAUCAUUUUCUCUUUGGCGUACCAUCUAAAAUCUCUUCAUUUUAGCAUUAUUUUACAGAUAAAGCACUAAACAUACUUUUAAAGUUUGUUUGCCGAUUGAGAAACGUAUCGAAAAAUAAAAAUUUUGAAUUUAGUCAUGACCUCAAGUGGUAUAUUAUACGCGUUAGUUUUGAGCGCGUGUUACGUAACAUACAAAAAAAUCUCCUCUUAAACCAUUAUCGUCAAGGGAAAGUGUCGGACCACGGGAUCAUUUGGUUGCCGAAAAUUUUCGGAUAUAAAUGGAGUUGAAAUGCAACCCAUUGAACUAUAAAUAAACUGGAAGGCUAACUCAGGGGGGGAAAUUGAAGCCAGUGCAUUUUAGUUUUUCUGAGUUAUGAGCAGAAAUACUCAACACUGAACGUUGGGCUAUAUAUCAAAUUGAAGCUAUUGAAAAACUCUAUUUGGUGUAGAAAUUUCAAGACUUUAGCUAAAAGGGAAAUAUUGAAAAACUACAAACAUAAUUACCGAUAAUUUGCCGUUUUGCAGUUGUUUUUGUAUUUUUUAAAUAUUUUUCUUUUCGCUGAAGUCUUGAAAUUUCCACACCGAAUAGCAAUUUUCAAUAGCUUCAAUUUGAUAUAUAGCCCGACGUUUGGGGUCAAGUAUUUCUGCUCAUAACUCAGAAAAACUAUUUUGGCUUCAUCAAAUCAUAGGCCUUCAUCAUAGCAGUUAGCCUUCCAGUUUAUUUAUAGUUCAAUGAUGCAACCUGGUUUGCGAUUUCAAGAUGGCGUCGUUAUUGUUUUGAAUGUCUAUUUGGUUCUGAAUUAUUUUACUCAUCAUCUGUUGUUUACAUUAAAGGUCCAAUGUCAGCUGGAGUUCCUGGCGAAGUGAAAGGUUUCAUAAAAGCUCACGAAAUGUACGGCAAGUUAGAUUGGUGGAGUCUUGUUGAGCCUUCAGUCAAACUGGCCAGUGAAGGAUUUAUUGUGACGUCAGCCCUGGCGUACGCCAUAAAAAGAUCUGAGCCUUCAAUCACCGACCCAGACUUCAGGUAGGUAAAAGUUUUCUAGUAAACACAUGUUUGUAACGUUGUUAGUCAAUGAACAACCUUGGAUACACUGAUUUGUAUCUCACCAUGGCACGGGCCUUCGGUGACACAUAAAAAUCUCACAACUUGUCGACAAGAUGUGUUCGAAACAGGCUUGUAGCAAGCUUGUCAACAAGUUGUAACAAUGUUGUUAUUUCAUCAAGUUGCAACAAGGUUGUCACUUACAACUUGUUGACAAGUUGUUGAAUGGCAGGACGAUAACAAGUUGUUGGAACGACUUGUAACAAGUCUGUUGAGCUCAACAACCUUGUGGCAAGUUGUCAACAAGCUGGGAACAAGCAGUGCGAACACAUCCUGUUGACAAGUUGUUGGAACAGCAUUGCUACAAGUCUGCUGCAGGUUUGUUACAACUUGUGCGUUUUUACGUGUGUAGUCGUCACAGCAAGCCCCUUUCACUUCUGAGAUUGUGAGUUCGAUUCUCCCUGCGGACUGCAGAGGUGUAACCUAACACUUGCCCGCUUGCCCGGGGCAAGUGAAUAUCACAACGGGCAAGUAAACGUCUUAUCUUGCUUGCCCGAUUGGGCAAGUUGCCUUGCCACAAAAAGGUGGGCAUCUAAAAGUUUAUGUUUUCAUUGUCGGAUAUAAAUUUUUUAUAGUGCAUGGACUAGAUUCAAAUUUUGUUUUUCAUGGGCCAAAGCUAGAUCUGAGGCAGUAUCACGUGGCCAUAUAGAGCAGUGGGAGAACGGGUCGACAUGUUGUCCCCUUAAUUUAUACCCUCUACCUUGGUGACGAUUGUCUGAUGGCAAGUGAAUUUAAUUCAGGGCAACUAAUUUUCAUGUCCAACUUGCCCUGAGUGAAACUUGUCAAAAAACUAAAGUUACACCACUGGGACUGAUGACACCUUGUGAAAAGAGUAGGUCAACGCUCUACCGAAAGUCGUGGGUUUUCUCUGGGUACUCUGGUUUACUUCCACGGGGAAUGCUGACAGAGUGCGUUGGGAUUAGCUCAAAGCUGACCCUUCCACCGUAGCUCCGUGAUCUGACAGUACGCGCGUAAAAACGCACAGCUUGCAAAAAGUCUGCAAACAAGUCUGUUCACAAGCUGUCAACAAGUUGUGUUCGCACUGCUUGUUCCCAGUUUGUUGGAACAAGUUUGAAACAAGCUGUUAACAACUUGUAACAAGCUUGAUGGCAUUAUCAGACUUGUUACAAGAUUGUGCUAACAAGUUUGUUACAGUCAUGAUAUAACAAGGAUGCUACAAGGUUGUCAACACAAGGUUGUAACAAUCUUGUUAUAUCAAGCAUGUAACGGACUUGUCAGAACAACCUUGCAACAAGUCUGAUAAUUUCAACAAGGUUGUUCCAAACCUGUUAACAACUUGUGACAAGCAGUGCGAAUACACUAUCUUGCUGACGGCUUGUUAGCAGACUUGUUACAAGAUGUGAGAUUUUUACGUGUGUAGCUGUGCUCCGUGAUCUGAGAGCAGCUGUGCUCCGUGAUCUGACAGCAGCUGUGCUCCGUGAUCUGACAGUAGCUGUGCUCCGUGAUCUGACAGUAGCUGUGCUCCGUGAUUUGACAGCUCCGUGAGUCGUAAGGUGGUUGCUAGAGGCGCCCUUAGAAAGCCUCGAUCAGGUUGAACUGUGUCCUUUGCAAUAGACCUUGUGAUAAUGACGUCAAAUGCGGAAAACCAAUGUAUACGAUGUCCCACAGGACAAUACAAGUCGUUGGCGAGCCAAUAGAUUUCAUAAAAACAUCAUUUGAAUUGCGAAUACUAGAUUCCCCUUAUUACGUUUUCGUAGCGCUUUGCAUUGUGGUUAUAGUGGUAUCACUGAUAUUCAAGAUGGCUUAUUUUUUGUCCUGACCCGUGCAAGAACUUUUAAAAAAGCUAGGGUCAGGUGCGCGAUAGCCAACAGCAAAAUAUUCGCGAAAACAUUCAAUAUUUUCAUUCGAGGCCGCUAUCUUUAUCAGUGAUACCACUAUAACCACAAUGCGAAGUGCUACGAAAACGUAAUAAGGGGAAUCAUCAAUUGUCGCUCACAACAUCGCAUUAAGUGUUCUUCCGCGUUUGACGUCAUUAUAACAAAGGUCUAUUCAGCUUAGCUUUCACCAGCCAGGAAGGAUGUAAUAUUAGCAGAUCCCCACUUAUAAUUAUUCAGAAUAUUUGUCAUUUACCUUGACUGACAUUGAUUCUCCAUUUUACAACUGAAAUAUUUAGAGAGCUCUUGAUGAACAAGGACGGGACAUUUAAGAAAGAAGGAGACACAAUUGUGAACCCACAGUUGGCGGAAACAUUAAGAACAAUACAAGAAGACCCGGAGUCAUUCUAUUCCGGAAAGCUGGCCAAGAAAAUUGCGGCGGAUUUUGAAAACAAUGACGGCAUCAUUACGGAGAAGGAUUUGAAGAAUUAUCAAGUCGGAGUCACUGAAGACGUUUUGAAGUUGGAUCUUGACGACAUCACUAUGUUGUCUUGUCCUCUUCCGUCUGGGGGUCCUGUGGUCACGCAGAUUUUGAAUAUUUUACAGAGUAAGUUUUGUGUAGAUGGAAUAUGGUUUAUAUGACCAUACCAUUGGAGCAAGUCUGCCAACAAGCCGUCAACAAGAUGUAUUCGCACUGCUUGUCACAAGUUGUCAACAAGUUUGGAACAAGCUGUUAACAAUUUGGAACAACCUUGUCGAAAUUAUCAGACCUGUUGCAAGGUUGUUCCAACAAGUCCGUUACAUGCUUGAUAUAACAAGAUUGUUACAACCUUAUGUUGACACCUUGUAACAUCCUUGUUAUAUCAUGGCUGUAACAAACUUGUUAGCACAGUCUUGUAACAAGGCUGAUAAUGCCAUCAAGCUUGUUACAAGUUGUUAACAGCUUGUUCCAAACUUGUUACAACAAACAGGGAGCAAGCAGUGCGAAGACAAGUUGUUGACAGCUUGUGAACAGACUUGUAACAACUUGUUUGCAGACUUGUUACAACUUGUGCGUUUUUACGUGUGUAGAUAUGCUUAAACACCCACGAAAGUUGAGUUGCGAUCACUUAUUACGUCAGCAAGACGUGGCAAAAUGGAUGCCGAAAGGUCGCUUCGCGCGAAAAGAUUCGCUAGUGGAAAACCGGCUUAAGGUGGCUGGCAGAAGCGUCCUUACAAAACUUUCGACUCGAUCAGGUUGAGCUGCGUUUUUCGCAAUCCAGUUGGGACAUUACAGUCACUAACUCUCGCUCGGGUUUGAGCGACAACUUUCAUAGACUCUCGUGAUGAGAGUUGAUGAGAGUUUUUGCUACGCGUGCGGUAACAUCCACUCAACUCUUAUCAAUUCUCAUGCAACUCUUUGGUUUGACCGGGGCAUGAGAGUGGAGAAAUUGGAAAACUAGCUCAUGCAAAUUCUCGCUUAUCAAAUCAACUCUCACCAGGAUUUUAGCCAGAAGGGCGUCCUGGGACGCCCCUAGAACGAAAAAAUGGACGCCUUUGGACGCCCAAAUUCUGGGGGAAAAGGGAAAUUAUUUUCAAUAAUUUCCCUUUAAGUAUAUUAAUAUAUCCAAAACGAAAUAGCUUCAAUUCUCAUUAUUAUUAUACAUUUGACAUUUUGAUCAAUUUGAUGGUGUACCUGGCUGAAUGAAAAUGUCGUAGUUAAGUAAAGAAGUAUAGCCGCACAAAAUCACAAAGCCAAAUGUGUUUGAAAAAUUUCGAACGAGCUUGGAACAGAUGCUGACAUGAAGUAACGUAAACUUCAAAGGUUUUCCAGAGGAACGUUUUCUCGAAACCCCUUUACUAUAAAUAUUUCGUUAUACCAAAAUUGGACGCCCUCUUUUAGGACCCUGGCUAAAAGCCUGCAGUUUCAUCCAUGGCUUAAAAUUGUUUUAAUGAAUAUAUCGCAGAACGAUUUGUGAUAUAGAAUUAUUAUCUCUAGACUACAAAUUUAACAGCACGAGCAUGGAAGGUGUCGACAGGAAAACGUUAACAUAUCACAGAAUUGUUGAAGCUAUGAAAUUUGCCUACGCCAGAAGACCGUAUUUUGGUGAUCCUGAUUUUGUUAAUGACCCCAAGGUAGGUUGAAGAAGAAACACUAUUGAUGGAACUUAGUUGGGAAGAAGUUGGUUUAGUUUAGAUUUCUUCCUGUGGAAGAACUGUGUAGAACUGAUAGAACUAUCCAGUGUAAAUAGAGUUAGUUUAGGUUUCCUCCUGUAGUAACACUGGAUCAUUAAGAGAUGAUCCUUACUGGACCUCUAGGGAGAACAGUUUAGAACUGAUAGAGCUAGCUAUCCAGUAUAAAUAAAGUUAGUUUAGCUUAGGUUUCCUCCUGUAGUAACACUGGAUCAAUAAGAGAUGAUCUUUACUGGACCUCUAGGGAGAACAGUUUAGAACUGAUAGAGCUAUCCAGUAUAUAUAAAGUUAGUUUAGUGUAGGUUUCCUCCUGUAGUAACACUGAGUCAAUAAGAGAUAUGAUCCUUACUGGACCUCUAGGGAGAACAGUUUAGAACUGAUAGAGCUAUCCAGUAUAAAUAAAGUUAGUUUAGCUUAGGUUUCCUCCUGUAGUAACACUGGAUCAAUAAGAGAUGAUCUCUACUGGACCUCUAGGGAGAACAGUUUAGAACUGAUAGAGCUAUCCAGUAUAAAUAAAGUUAGUUUAGUGUAGGUUUCCUCCUGUAGUAACACUGAGUCAAUAAGAGAUAUGAUCUUUACUGGACCUCUAGGGAGAACAGUUUAGAACUGAUAGAGCUAUCCAGUAUAUAUAAAGUUAGUUUAGUGUAGGUUUCCUCCUGUAGUAACACUGAGUCAAUAAGAGAUAUGAUCUUUACUGGACCUCUAGGGAGAACAGUUUAGAACUGAUAGAGCUAGCCAGUAUAAAUAAUGUUAGUUUAAUUUAGGUUUCCUCCUGUAGUAACACUACAUGGAUCAAGUUAUUUCAGUUUAAGUUCAGGCUUUUUACAUUUCCUCACUCUCAAUUUGUUUACUUUUAGCUUGCCGAGGUUAUGAAACAGGUACUAAAUGUGGAAUAUAACAAACAACUUUACGAGAAAAUUUGGGAUAAUUCAACUCACAUGAAUGCUUCGUAUUAUGGAGGAUAUCAGUCUGUUCAAGAUAAAGGUAGUACAAGUCAUCUUUCAGUAGUGGCGCCGAACGGCGAUACUGUAUCUGUGACUGGAUCCGUCAACUAUUAGUAAGUAGCAUCGUACUUUGUUUUUUCUCCAUUUUUGACUACGUUUGAAUAAUUUGCAAUUUUGAAAAAUUUCUGGAUUUGUUUGCAAGCUGCCUUAAUUUAGCAUGUACGAACACUUUCCACGUAAACGUGAACUAAGUUCAGAUGUGCCUUAUCGUUUAGUUUUGGCGGUAAAUUCCGUUCCAAAGAGACAGGCAUAGUGUACAAUAAUGAAAUGGACGAUUUUUCAAUUCCUAACAAAUCCAACGGAUUUGGCUACAAGCCAUCGAAGAAUAAUUAUGUCCAACCGGGUAAACGACCCCUGUCGUCGAUGAGUCCGACAAUUUUCGUGGACAAGAAGACAGGUGACGUCAGAUUGGCCAUUGGCGCUGCUGGGGGUUCAAGGAUUAUUUCGUCUACCGCUUGGGUAAGUUGAUGUCGUGUUUUCAAUGUUUUUUCUUCACGAUGUACGCCAUCUACCAUAAUAAUAUUGCCAAUAGAGGUCUCCAGCUAUAGACUUAAUUUUGAUCUAGGCAAGAAGAACAAAAUCCAUCACCACAGCUAGAAAGAGCAUGUUAAAAUUAGUAAAAUUGCAAAGUUUGGCCGCGAAAUGUUGUAAAAUGCGGAAAAUAUAGCCCUACGAAAUUUGCAAAUUUUGUAUUAAUUUGUAUUACGCACGGGAAAAUGCACCACAUUUGGGCCCAAAUGUUUCAAACAUUACAUACACUGAUGCUUGUGAUGUUACUCUGAGUGUAUAUCCACACCGGAAAAGCUUUUCCAUGCACACUGGAAAAGCUUCCCACCGUGGCCAGGCAUAUUUUUCAAGCUUUUCCGGUGUGGAUAUACACUCAGAGCACAGGUGUAUGUACCACAGAAUACCACGGUACCACAGAAUACCAGUCUUAUUUAUUUCUUAUAUAAAAUUUGAAGGAAAUACUUUAUUUUUGUGAUUAUAUCUUAGUUUUAGUCUUAAUUGACAUAUAAAAACAAAAAAUGUAUAUUUUCAAUUUCAUAAAAAUUCUUAAAAAUAAUCAGGAUUAACAAGAAGUAACAUUCUAUAUUUUCGGUACUUUUUUUCGCAUAAUGCCUGUAAAAUCCGAAUGUUUAAAAAUAAGUUUGCAAACCAGCAUAAUUAAUGUUGAUCAAUACUUUUUCUAUGCAACACAACAUUAUUACUACACUGCAUGGAAUCACACAGUGUAAUCAAUUUUACCAUUGAAAAACUGAAUUUUUCAAGAUUAUUGAUAAACCUGGUAUUCUUUGGUUAUACCACUGGUAUUCUGUACUGAUUUUAGUAUUUAAGUGCAAUAUCCCACAAUAUUUUAGUGCAAUAUCCCACAGUAUUAUCAUACAACAUGACACGCCAAAUCCUGGUACAAUUUGAUAAACCGUUGCUUACUUACCUCUGCACUGGUAUUCUGUGGUACAUUGGAUUUUUUUCCACAGAAUAUUCAUUUAAAAAGGAAUAAUUAAGUCUAUGAAAUCUUGCCCCAAAACCCCCAAGAAGAAAAAAUAUAUCGAUAGACUAUACUAAAAAAUAUUAAGGAACCAUAUUAUAUACAUUAGACAAAAGAUAUGGAACACGUAAAUUUUUGCGGUAUUCUGUGGUACAUAUAGGGUUGGGCGAUAUUAAAAAAAUCACCUCACGAUUAUUGCCAAGGAAAUUAUCACGAUAUUCGAUAAUAUCGCGAUAAAUGCAAUAAAAGCAAUGACCACAUUUUUUCAAUUUUAAUUAAUAUCAUUACAUAGCAAGUUUAUAUAUAAUCUUCUUAACAACAAGUAAAACAACAAAUUAAAGUACUACGAAUGCUUUUUCUAGUCUAAUAUUUACUGUUCAUAAACUGGAACUGUCUAUGCAGUGUCUACUGUGUCUCCGCUGGUAUACAAAUGCCGUGGGCACACAGCGCAAGCAAAGCCUGCAAUUCCAUUGUUCAGCAGAUUAAUACAUAAAUAUUAGCUUUUGUAUCGUAUCCAGGUGAUCUCGAGUUCGUAUUUUAGCCAAUCAGCGCUCAGAAAGGGUUGUCCGAAUAGAAAUCCAUUUUGAUGUAUUCAGUCAAUUAUAUCUUUCGUUAUUCUUUAUGAAACUAGUUGAAAUUUUGUAAUUAUGUUUGGUUAUGAGAACUAUAGCUCUGACAAAAAUAUGGAAUCGAAAUAAAGUAUAUUACAGGAGAUAUUCCGUUGUUUUAAUCAUAAAAUGGAUUUCUAUUUGACAACUAGUGCCAGUACUUUUCCGCGUAUCAAGAUCAUCUGGAUUAAAUUCGUAUUUAAUUCAGGAAAUAGUUUUAAUUCUUUUAAAAACUAUAUUUUCUAGGGAAUUGAAAGAAUUGUUUAGGAUUUGAUAACAGCUAUAUACACAUGCGAAGCAAUAUCACGAUAGUCAUCGAGCAUGACGAUAGUUUCUACCUUCGAUACGAUAAUUGUGAUCGAAAAUAUCGCGAUAAAUCAAAAUAUCGCCCAACCCUAGGCACAUACACCUGUAACAUCACAAACAUCACGUGAGUACAUAACACCAAUACAGGAAAAAUCAUGAUUACAUACAGUGUUUGAAACAUUAUUACAACCGUUGAAAAUAUCAUAUCUCACUGUUGUAUCCUUUCACCAGGUUUCAAUGCUAAACCUAUGGAUGGGCCUUCCUUUGGAAACUGCUGUAGCAACCCCACGACUGCAUCAUCAAUUCAUUCCAAACAAUAUAGACAUCAACGCCAACGAACCAUUCAGGGUCAGUCAAGCCAUACAGAAAGGACUCGAGGAAAAGGGGCAUCUAUGUAAAGAAACCAAUCGAAAGUCGGUUGUCCAAGCCGUAUCGUAUAAUCCGAGUGAACGGACUGUUUUUGGUGCGUCAGAUCCGAGGAAGGGUGGAAUGGCAUGGGGGUUAUAGGUGUACAUAUUAUGAUUUAAUUUUCACGCUCAUUCAAUUUUCUACUGAUGUCGGCAAAAAAAUGAUUGACAUUUUGUACUAGCAGCCAUAUGUACUUUCCCCUAACCGAGAAUUAGAGAGCAUGUUUUCUAUCAAAGUUUUCUAUGUUUCGAAACUCGUUCAAACUUCAUUCAUUGUGUACAUUUCAAGCCCUUAUACCCGCCAGACAGCGUCACCCAGUUUUGUCGCAGGCAGCCCGACCAUGUCCUAUUUAAUAUAUCAAUGAAUAUCAAUAGAAGCAUAUCUAUACAUAAUAUAAAACAACGGUAACUCCGAAAAUAAACAUUUUAAUAUUCUAGCUUUCGCCUAAGAUUCAGUCAUGAUCAGGAAUGAUGCUAGGUUACAUUACAUCGAUAUAUAUAGUGAAGAUAAAUUUAAAGUAAUUUGAUAUGUACAGAAAAGAUUAGUUAAAUAUUAUAACUUCUUUUGAUGCCUUAGUUCCAUGAUUAAGUUCAGGUUUAAGGCGUCUAAUGGCAAAUGCUUAUUUACAUAGCAAUAAGGAACACUGCAUACAGUUAUACCAAAGAGAGUAAUGUGCAUACAGUUCUAACAAAGCGGUCAGUGCACUGAUUCUGUUCUGACAGUUUGGUCCUGCUUGUUUCUUUCAAUCAUGAUUUUUGUUCGUUUUUGCAGACAUCUGUAGAAAUUGUUGUAAAUAGUACAUAUUGCGAGCAAGAUAACUGAGUAUUUUUCUACUUCUCAAUUUGUAUUGUAAAUUUUUGUAUGUCAAGAAAUGUUUUGUAGUAAGCUUUAUUUCAUUAAAUUUGCUAUAAUUCAACUGCGAGUCAUUCAUUUAAAUUGUAUAAAACACGUAUAGUCAAGUACGCACCUGUCCAGUUAGUGGCUUCCUCUGCGGCCUACACA